AUGUCUAAGGAAUGGAACGAAUCGCUAUUUGGUUGCUUCGAUGAUUGUGGUAUAUGUCUGUGCGGUUGGUGUUGUACACCAUGUUUAUUUGGUCAGAAUGCUGAAAAAAUCGAUGGAAGCAACUGCUGUGUUUGCUGUUGUGGAUAUUGGCUUCUCGGCUCGUGUUUUCUAUGUUGGGUACCGCACAUGAUGAAGCGGCAAACUCUUCGACAAAAGUACAACCUACGCGAAGAGCCAAGCUGCGGUGAUUGUCUUACUACAUGUUGCUGCGGAGCUUGCGCGCUUUGUCAAGAAGCUCGAUUUCUUCAGAAUCACGUUGAAGUUCUACCACCGACUGUUCCAAACCGAAAUACGACCAAACCAGAAGAAAAAGUCGUCGGUGUUACGGUGAUAACAGAACAACAUAGUUACGUCUUGGCAGGUGGAUCACAAGCGGCUUCAUCUCGUAAAUGA